CGCGGAGGAAGGGACGCGAGGGGCGGAGUCAGGCCGGCGAGACAGAGUUCCCGAGGGAAGGAGCGGCCAGCUGGGUCCGGCGCGAGGAGUGGCAGGGCCGCCGCGGGGUCUGGAGGAGCGGGGAAGACACUGAUAAAGAGAAGUGCCGAGGGGACGACUGGAAGAGGAAGAUGCCUGCUACAGACUUUCUGCUGUUGAAGUCCUUUGAGCCCUACUUAGAGAUUUUGGAAGUAUACUCUACAAAAGCCAAGAAUUAUGUAAAUGGGCAUUGUACCAAGUAUGAGCCCUGGCAGCUCAUUGCAUGGAGUGUCUUGUGGACCCUGCUGAUUGUCUGGGUAUAUGAGUUUGUCUUCCAGCCAGAGAGUUUAUGGUCAAGGUUUAAAAAGAAGACUUUUAAGCUCAUGAGGAAGGCUCCCAUUUGGGGGGAGAAGAUUCAGAAGAAGAUGAACAAAGCCAAGGAAGAUAUUGGCAAGAACAUGUCAUUCCUGAAAAUAGAUAAAGAGUAUGUGAAAACUUUGCCUGCCCAGGGUCUGAGCUCAUCUGCAGUUCUGGAGAAACUCAAGGAAUACAGCUCCAUGGAUGUCGCCUGGCACGAAGGGAGAGCCUCUGGAGCAGUGUACAGUGGGGAGGAGAAGCUCACUGAGCUCCUCGUGAAGGCUUAUGGAGAAUUUGCAUGGAGUAACCCUCUGCAUCCAGAUAUCUUCCCAGGACUGCGUAAAAUAGAGGCAGAAAUUGUGAGGAUAGGUUGUUCCCUGUUCAACGGGGGACCAGAUUCCUGUGGAUGUGUGACCUCUGGGGGUACAGAAAGCAUACUGAUGGCCUGCAAAGCUUAUCGGGACCUGGCCUUUGAGAAGGGGAUCAAAACUCCAGAAAUUGUGGUUCCCCAAAGUGCUCAUUCUGCAUUUGAUAAGGCAGCCCAUUAUUUUGGUAUGAAGAUUGUGCGGGUCCCACUGACCAAGAUGAUGGAGGUGGAUGUGCGGGCGAUGAGAAGAGCCAUCUCCAGUAACACUGCCAUGCUUGUGUGUUCUGCCCCACAGUAUGCUCAUGGUGUGAUAGAUCCAAUCCCUGAAGUGGCCCAGCUGGCUGUGAAAUACAAAAUACCUCUUCACGUAGACGCUUGUCUGGGGGGCUUCCUCAUCAUCUUUAUGGAGAAAGCAGGAUACCCGCUGGAGCAGCCAUUUGAUUUCCGGGUGAAAGGUGUGACCAGCAUUUCAGCUGAUACCCAUAAGUACGGCUACGCCCCCAAAGGCUCUUCGUUGGUGUUAUACAGUGACAAGAAGUACAGGAGCUAUCAGUUCUUCGUUGCUCCGGAUUGGCAAGGUGGCAUCUACGCUUCCCCAACCAUUGCAGGCUCACGGCCUGGUGGCAUUAGUGCAGCCUGUUGGGCUGCCUUGAUGCACUUGGGUGAGAACGGCUAUGUUGAAGCUACCAAACAGACCAUCAAAACUGCUCGCUUCCUCAAGUCAGAACUAGAAAAUAUCAAAGGCAUCUUUGUUUUUGGGAAUCCUCAAGUAUCAGUCAUUGCUUUGGGCUCCCAUGAUUUUGACAUCUACCGACUAUCUAACCUGAUGACUGCUAAGGGCUGGCACUUGAACCAGUUGCAAUUCCCACCCAGUAUUCAUUUCUGUAUCACAUUAUUACAUGCCCGGAAGCGAAUAGCCAUACAAUUCCUAAAGGACAUCCGGGAAUCUGUCACUCAAAUCAUGAAGAAUCCUAAAGCAAAGACCACAGGAAUGGGUGCUGUCUACGGCAUGGCCCAGACAAUCUCAGACAGGAAUCUGGUUGCGGAAUUAACCUCGGUCUUCUUGGACAGCUUAUACAGCACAGACACUAUCACCCAGGGCAGCCAAAUAAAUGGCUCUCCAAAACCCCGCUGAACUUGGACCCUUUCUAGUCCCAAGGGGCUUCUGGACUUCAGAAGGUUCUGGGGUAUGGAACAGGUCAUGCAAAACUGAGACGUCUGGUCUUGCACCACAGAGCACAAGACGACCACAAGACUGCUUGAUCCUCGGAAUUCUUGUUCCUCCUUUUGUCAUCUUUUUGUGGUUUUUAAUCUGAAGACUUUGAAGGAUUCCAUAAUGUAAUGAUUUUGCCCUUGUUUAGAAAUGUUACCCUAGGAAUUGUUGUCAUUUCCUCCUCUAACUUCUUUAGCUUUUAAUUUCACUUAAUCAUUGUGUGGUGGCUCUGAGCUGACCUGAUUCCUUAGGGAAGCUGGGGUACGUUUAUGAAUAGCAAAAAGGUUUAUUUGUUAUCUCAGGCAGAUGUUUUGGCUGGUCAGAUAGGAAGCACUAUGUAACAGAUGUUUCCCCAGCUGGGUGUUAGGUAUACUUUAAGCAGGAGGCUCAUUCAGCCGGUUAGUUGUCUCUCUUAGAAUCAUUUUUAUUUUUCCAGGACACAGAUCUGCCAGGCCAUUGUUCCCUAUUAUGUAGGACUUGCGUAGUCUACCAAGGCAGGGUUUGGGGUGGUCCAUUUGGAGCGGUCUCUUCUGUGCUUGCAGUCCCUGUUUGACACGGUUGUCACCAUCUUUGGAGACUCUCAUUUGAGGUGAUGCUCCCAUUGAUCUGUUCUUGUUCCCAUGGACUUGGAAGAGAAUAUUCUUUCCAGAGAAUCUAGGACCUUCUGGCUACAGUGCUGCUGCCCUGAACUGGCAGUAGUCAGAGCACACCUGAGCCUUCUCCUGGACUGGUGAUGAGCAAAAACCAGACCCUUUUCUACACUUUUCGGAAUAUCAGAGUAAGAUGACACCCAGAUUCAAAUAUGUGUCACCCAAGUUGGUGGUUGUCUACCCCCCACCCCGACUGCUUUAAGCCAUCAUGUAAUGUAAAUAUGUUUGCUUGAAGGCACAGCUCAAAGGACCUUCACAAGUUGCCUUGACUUACCCUAGGUGGAUGUGAAGAAGGUGUGAUAGGUUUUCUUUUUGCUAAGUGUGUUCUUUCUUCCCCACACCUGCCUUUAUUCAAUGUUCAAAAGUACUUAGCUUCAGGUACUGGGUGCUUCUCAGCCCCCAAAAGGGAACAGCAUAUGGACAUAAACAUUUUGGGAUAGGAAAGCAGAAUGGCAGGCAGCCAUUGUGGCCUAAGGCCCAGAAUUCCUUCGUAAGACUAGUUGCUCAGGGUGGUGCAGGGACAGGACCAGACUCUGCACCUACUUCCUACCCUCUUCUCCCCUAUAGUGGGCACUGGUCUAGUUGAGCUACUGUCCUGCUCUAAUGACAUAAUAUAAUGUGCCUUCUCAGCA